UUUGUGUGCAGCAGCAGCAGGGCUAUAGUGCAUGUGAACCUUCACCCACUUCCAGCACAUUGAGUUCUCACGCUUCUCAGCACUAUAUAAGGCUGAAAUAACCGCGGAUACAUUACCCACGUCUUCACGGGGGAAUGGAGUGGUGACCUUUCACCUACUUCCGUGUUCCCUGAGACAUACUAGCAGCAGCAACUCACGGAUCAGGAUGUUGUCCUCUCUUACCCGCUGGGUGUCCAGAAGCGCUUUCCAGGCUCUUAAAGGGACACACAGUCGUCCUCAACUGAUCAAGACGCCUCAUAUUGGGAAUCAGACACUGGCAGCGGCUCCUCUGCCCUUAACUGGGGGGAGUCUCGGAGUGAGGCAGGCCCGGGCACUGGAUCAGGAGAGAAUACUCCAGAUUGAUUGGGAUGAUGGGAGUUGUAGUUUGUAUCCGUUCACCUGGCUGAGGGAUAACUGCCAGUGUCCUCUCUGCACGCUGCAGUCAGCGCAAGCACGCAGGCUGCUGAUGUCAGAUCUGGACGUGCACACCGGAAUGGACCAAGUACAGCUGAUGGACAAUAAGGUGUCCAUAACUUGGCCUGAUCAGCACAGUAGUGAGUUUGAUCCUGACUGGCUGAAGAAACGGUGUUUUUCCUCUGAUGCAAGACAGGCUCUGCAAGAGGAGCUCUUCCUUAAUGAGCGUGAGUAUUGGGAUUCUGGUCUGCAGAUCCCCACAGCAGACUUCCAGGAGGUUCUACAUGAUGACAAGGCUGCUCUGGCCUGGCUAGAGGCUCUGCGACGCGUUGGCAUCGUCUACCUGAGGGGGGCUCCAGUGGAGAAGGGCCAGGUGGCCAGACUGAGCCAGAGAAUCGGCUAUCUACGCCUCACCUUUUACGGACACACGUGGCAAGUGCAGGACAAGCCCAAGGCUAACAAUGUUGCGUACACUUCUGGAGAGCUGAGCCUGCACACAGAUUACCCUGCUCUGCACCAUCCACCUGGGGUGCAGUUCCUGCAUUGCGUCUGUCAGGCUGAACAGGGUGGUGAGAGUGAAGUGGUUGAUGGGUUUCACAUGGCGGAGCAGCUCCGGAGAGAAGAUCCUGAAGCGUUUAACAUCCUCUCCUCUCUCAGGGUCGAUUUCACAGACAGCGGAUCUGACUACUGUGACUUCAGCGUGCAGUCCAAAAACCACAUUAUAGAUGUGGACUCUGAUGGUCGGGUUGUGAGGAUCAACUAUAACAACGCCACACGAGACUCUGUGCUGGAUCUGCCUCUGCGUCAGGUUCAGCUUUUCUACUCGUCUCUAAAGGCCUUUGUGGAGCUGCUCAGCAGGCCUGAGAACGUGUUCACAUACAGAAUGGAACCAGGUGACUUGGUGACCUUUGAUAACUGGCGUCUGCUGCAUGGCCGAAAGAGCUACCUGUCACGAGGUCAGAACUCAAGACAUCUAGAAGGAGCAUAUCUGGACUGGGAUGAGGUCAUGUCCCGUCUCAGGGUCCUCCGGAAGACUGUCCGUGGAGACAGCUAGACAUCUCUUCUUCAUCCUCCACACUGCAGUCAUUAGUGUUGCGUCAUUAGUGACUUUAAAAACAACUCAAGAAAG